AAGAGAGGGACAGAGAGAGAGAGAGAGAGAGGAGUAGAAUAAGUUAGUGCAACAGAGGUGAUGGACUUAGUCCAGUAAGACUGACAGGGAACACACAAACUCCUCCUGAGGGCUGAGAAGAACAUGCUGGUGGACUUUUCUUGCUUUUCAAUACCACAAAUUCACAGAGGCACCUACAUCUACAGCACCUAACAGAGAUAUCUGCUGAUCUUCUGAGGGUUUUACCACUUCUCUUUGAGAAGAGUUCUUGAAGAGGUACUUGUCAGAGUUCUUGAGCAAGGAUUCGCAGGAUUUGCGUCGCCAGACAAACAGAGGUGUUUAAUUGAGGGCUUUAAAACUGAAGACCUUUCCACUGACACCAAGGACAUACUAACAAAGAGAGACAGUGGGGGAUUACGACAGACAGAGAGAAAGAGAAAGAGAGAGAGAGAGUGAGUGGGAGAAGAGAGAGGAAAACCCCACAGAGCAAUCUCCACAAGUUGUGAUGACUAUUUCCACAGAGGCACUUUGCACGGUUUCUCCUGGACACUGACGGAUUUCAAGAAGGUGCUGUGCAAUAGACUGGAAUCAACUGGUGUGUGUGGCCAUGGAUGUUCCUGUGCUAGUAUGGCUGGUGUUGCUCCUGGCGAGUAGACAGUUUCCUGAAACGGAUUGCAGCACUCAGGAGUUUGACAGCAGUGAUGAAGGUCCAGAGGUUGAAUUCCUAUCGACCUCUCGCACACGGCGGGCCCCCGAGCCUCCUCCGCAGGACAAGUGCUCCUACACCUUCAUCGUACCCCAGCAGAAGGUUACGGGAGCCAUCUGUGUGAACUCCAAGGAGCCUGAGGCCAUGCUGGAGAACCGUGUCAAUAAGCAGGAGCUGGAACUUCUCAACUCUGAGCUGCACAAGCAGAAGAGACAAAUCGAAACUCUGCAGCAGCUUGUAGAAGUCGACGGCGGCAUCGUCAACGAGGUGAAGCUUCUGCGCAAGGAGUCCCGUAACAUGAAUUCCAGAGUGACACAGUUAUACAUGCAGCUGCUGCAUGAGAUCAUCCGUAAGAGGGACAACGCGCUGGAGUUGUCACAACUGGAGAACAAGAUUCUCAACCAGACCUCCGAGAUGCUGCAGCUUACAAACCGCUAUAAAGAUCUGGAGCAUAAGUAUCAGCACCUCGCCUCACUGGCCAAUAACCAGUCGGCACUCAUUGCCCUUCUCGAGGCACAGUGUCAGAGGGGACCACCGGUUGUGGUCCCUAGGGUACCAGUCCAGCCUCAGCCCCAACCACAACCUCAACCCAGACCCUCACCACCCCUCAAUAAGCCUACGUUUAACCGCAACAACCAGAUCACCAACGAGAUCCAGAGCGAUCAGAACCUCAAAGUGCCACCCGCCCCUCUUCCCACCAUGCCAGGAGGAACUCACAGCCCGUCCACCACAAACAAACCCUCAGGUCCCUGGAAGGAUUGUCUGGAGGCUCUGGAGGACGGCCACACUAACAGUGGCAUGCACCUAGUGAAGCCGGAGAACACCAACAAGCUGAUGCAGGUGUGGUGUGAUCAAAGACAUGACCCUGGUGGCUGGACGGUCAUCCAGAGAAGAAUGGAUGGCUCCGUCAACUUCUUCAGAAACUGGGAAACAUAUAAGCAAGGAUUUGGAAACAUUGAUGGAGAGUACUGGCUGGGUCUGGAGAACAUAUACUGGAUAACCAACCAGGGGAACUACAAGCUGCUGGUCACCUUGGAGGACUGGUCUGGACGCAAGACGUUUGCAGAGUACGCAAGUUUCCGCCUUGAGCCUGAGACGGACUUCUACAGGCUCAAGGUGGGCCGUUAUCAUGGCAAUGCCGGUGACUCCCUAACUUGGCACAACGGGAAGCAGUUCACCACUCUGGACAGGGAUCAUGAUGUAUAUACAGGCAACUGUGCACACUAUCAAAAAGGAGGCUGGUGGUAUAAUGCCUGUGCCCACUCAAAUCUGAACGGCGUGUGGUACAGGGGAGGGCACUACCGCAGCCGCUAUCAGGACGGCGUGUACUGGGCUGAAUUCAGAGGAGGCGCCUAUUCCCUCAAGAAGGUCGUGAUGAUGAUACGACCCAACCCGAACACCUUCCACUGAGAAGCACAUAAAAACAGGGAAUGAACUGACAAUUGUUCCCCCAUGGUCGCCAUCCACCCUAUAAAGUGCAAUUCGUUUAGACUGUGGUUUUUAAAUUGUUUUGCUUCCUACAUAGAUAUGAUAGCAAAAGAACAAACAGGGUCUUGGAUGACGUAACUGGGAGGAACACCAAUUUAUCAGAGACUACAAAAGGAAUCUCUAUUAAGUGCUAUUUACAUCCAUUAUCACAGAAAAUGAAGUGUCUGAUGACUUGGCCUGUUUUCAAUCAGUCACCAGGAGGUCAUCUAAAAAUAUAUAUAUAAUGAAAAUGAUGUGCGUUUCCACUCUAGUUCAAUCAAAUCAAAUGAAACCUGUUCAUCUUUAAAUAUUUAGUGCAAUUGUGAAUCUGUUGUCUGUUAGAUUGCUUUUGUUAAAUAUGUAAAAUAACUGAUUAGUACUCAUUCGUUGUUACAAAUAAGACACAGGACAUCCAAUCCAGUGAUAAAUAGCUUACGCAUCCCUAGUUUAUUCAGAGCUAAGAGAAUAUAUGUUUCCUGAUGAGAUGAAUGACUCAUAAUUUAUUUCAGGGAUAUCAUUUUUAAAAUUCAUAUAAAGGUUGCAGUGUAAAAUAAUGCACAAUUAAACAUCUUAAAACAGUCAUCAGUUUCUCAAUCUAAACUGUAUUUACUGUGUAAAUUAGCUGCUGGUGUCAAAUGAAGACCCAACACAUUUAUGUACAUAUACACGUAAUAUUGUUGAAAAUAAUGUGUAAUUUGUAAUAUACUGUAAGUGUAACAUUUCCCCUGGUAUUGUCAUACCGUUGCAAUAAAAGAUGUACAGCCA